ACGCUCCAGCGGCUCUCUGGUCCUGUCUGCUCGGUUCUCGCUGACAGUUCAGGCUGCAGCUCUGCCUCAAACUGUGCUAGCCUGUUAGCUAACAGCUAGCUCUAUUGCAAGAUCAGCACCUAAUGUAUGCGGAAUGCGCAACCAUUGCGGAUGUGGUGCAGAAAAAAAUGCGCAUCGAUGCGACAGAAUACAGAAGUCAAUGUCAGUGAAAGAAACGGACUCAAUUGUUUUAAAAUGCUGCACAGUUGUCAGCAGUGUUGUGUUUUGUUGUUGUCUUUCAGCUCUGGAGGCGAUUCUCUGCUUUGACGGUGCAGCUCACUGUAAAUCAGCUGGACGUGUAGAUGUAGCUCUUAGCCUGCUCCAGGUGUUUUCACACCGCGUUUAUAUGUUCACAGUAACAUAUUUGCAUCAGUGAAAAUGACAGAAAUGUAUUUAUGCUGCAGCUAGACAUUAAAGUCUGCAGACUGCAUGCUUUAAUCAGACAAUCUGAUUGAAUCUCUCACUUAGCUGCAAGAAUGACAUGAGACAUUUGAAGAAAACAGGUUGGCAACAGUAUUUUAAGGGUAGUUCAACUCUAUAUUUCCUGAUAAAUAAUCAUCUGAUCCAGUAUAAUACUGAAGAGUUGUAAUGUCUUUAGCAGUAGGUUCAGUCACACCUUGAACCUGAGUUAAUGGGGCAGCAGCUGCCAGUAUCAGGAUUGGCCCGCCAGUCAGUUCUGCUGUAAACCAGGUCUGACCCAUGACUGAGUACUACGAGGAGGGGGGGCUGCUGUACGAGCAAUCACCUCCCAUGCACAUCAAAGUGGAGUCUCCGGAGGGACCCUUUGGAGGGGGAGCCUCAGAAAACGGCUUCCCCAGGGAGGAUGAUGACUCGGAGGGCAGUUGUGACCAGAGCAGUGGAUUACCUGGGGGGCUCCCCUUCAAUGUGGUAGUGGUGCAUCCAAACAUCAUGGCGCCCGGCAUGUCCUCAGACGACCUCUUGUCCAUUGAACAAAACAGAGCUAUGUCAGCUGCACUGGCUGCUGGCGGUGCAGGAAAAAGAAAGAGUCGUUUCAGCGGAGCAGAGCUGGAGGUGUUGGUGUCAGAAGUCACUCGGUGUGAAGGAGAGCUCUUCGGUCCUGCGGGGAGGCUCCGGCGGCGGGAGAGAGAACGCAUCUGGGCGGGAAUCCUAGAGAGAGUCAACGCCGUGUCCAGAGUCCCACGCACCCUCCGAGAGGUGAAGAAGCGCUGGGAUGACCUGAAGAGACGCAACGGAGGAAGGCUAGCAGACGCUCGCCACCGCAGCUGCUACCUGCCGUCCAGCAGAGGGGCAUCGAUGCUGGGCCGCCCUCAGACCAGCCCCAGGCUGCAACAAGCCAGGCAAAAGCAAAGCACCAGGCCAAAGCCCAGUUUCCCAUGUUUCCCUGAUUCAGAUACAGGUGUAGGGGUCGAAGGAUCAGAGAGAGAUGGUUUGGAAAAAGACGAUGACAAUCCUGAGCGAGACAGAGACUUGGGAGAAUCUGAGUGUGAACCUGUAGAAAACAGCAUGGAAGACAAAUUGGGGUUAGGACUGGGUCUGGGCAUAGGACCACCCCCUCCAUCCGAAAGAUGGCUACCUCCUUCCCCCCUCUACAGUGCUCCUUUCCUCAAUGGCAGCCCUCAGCCCAGUAGCCCUCAGCCUUCACUGGGGGCACAGCAGGGUCCUCUUGAAGCCCCUCCACGCAGCUCCUGGCUCGAAGACGAGCUACGAGGGUUGGGGGAAGCAGCCAUUCAACUGGGAAAUCGGGUAGAAAAGAGUUUGAGGGAUUUUGGGGACGGUUUCAGGCAGGACAUGAGAACACUUGUCGCUUCGCAAGAGGCGUUAGCCGUCAGUUUGCAACAAAACAAUGUCCUCUUGCAAAGGCUGCUGGGAGUGCUGGAAGCCCAGCAACAACCACAGCCGCAGCAGCAUCGUGUUCAACAAGCACACCAAUCGCAAACACCUCAACAGCACUUACAGCCACAGCCGGCUCAGCAGCAGCAGCAGCUACAACACACAGAACCACUGCAGCAACAACAACAACAACAACAACAGCGGAUUGAAGCACCACUGCAAACACAACUGCAACAUCAGCAGCAACCACUUGUAGUACAGUCACAACAGCAACAAACACAAAUACAGCAGCAGCCACAAGUCACCCAGCUUCCCAAUAAUCAGACGGCGGUGGCGGUGGCGGUGGUUCCUGCCCCGUCGUCCCCCGACGUACACGGCACUUUUCCCUCUGACCCUCCCACGAAUACAAAUGGAAGUGUGCAGAGGCCACGGCGAGGAAGAGCGGUGGAUCACAGGCGCAGAAGGCGGCGCUGAGGAGAAAGCACUUAGAAACUCAAUCUGCAGAUCAUAUGCAUAUUUGCUGUUUCAGAAUCUGACGAGAAAUGAUGCUCUUUUUCUACUGACGGUAUUUCUGUAAAAAUGUGUUAUUUGGAGUUUUACGUCCAGUUUCGAAUCAGAAAUCCAUCUCGCACUUAAGUUUGUCUUCAGAGAGGACUAACAUGGAUAAGAAAAUUAGAAACUUAAGACAAUAGGGUGGCCUUAACAUUAGCUUGGUUCUUCAUUCAGACAUACGCUAAAAGACUCACUGAAACAAACUGAAACAGUUGCUCUGUGGAGUGAAAACUUCACUCAUGAGACUUUCAAUACCCAGACAACAACAUACUGUAGGUGCUGAUGUUUAAUAUGCAUGUCACUGUACAUGCUUUGCAGCUGAGCUGCGAAGCUCAUGAUGCUCUUACUAGUUCAGUACUGUCUUAAUUCUCCUGAUACACUAACUACAUUGUCAUAAAGUACUUGUAAUCUGCAGUUGUUACCAUAUAUGGUAGUUAUACAGCUAUUGUACUUACCUGCUAAUGUAUGCUUGUGCUUUUUAACAGUUUCAUGGAAAAGUAUGUCUUUUCCAGCUUUGAUUGGAGAAUAAAGUUAGACUGUGUUCUGUUCAGUGCGUUUUGAGACAACAGUGUUACAUUUUAAAGACUUGACAGUUUUUUUUUUGGGUGAAAAACAAAAAAACCUUCCGGCAUAAACAUCACAAUAGGCUUCAGACUUAAAUUAAUAUUUUUCUGGUGGAAUUUAAAAGCAUACAUAAGUAUGUAGGGCUAUUUAUUCUAAUCUUGCAUGCAGUAUGAUGGAUGUUUAGUAGUUGCAAAGAAACAGCAUAUGGCCAUCAACUACGUAGAUUCGCACAAUCUAUAUUUUGUAGAUAGCGACUGUUCCGAUGACAUGUAACUAAACUUUAAUAAAAGUCAGACAUGGACUGCAAAUAAA